GUUGACCCGCGAGUUUCUGGUCUCCUAGCAACUGAGCUGCGCUAGCUUGACGCGGCGGUGCUGUGGUCAGCCUGCAGCAUCAGAGGAAAAUAACAGGCUAAACAGAGUGUAAGCCCCUGAUUGUGUCGUUUCCCUGGAAGAUGGUGGCCAAACAGAGGAUCCGGAUGGCCAACGAGAAACACAGCAAGAACAUCACGCAGAGAGGAAACGUAGCCAAGACGCUGCGACCGCAAGAGGAGAAGUACCCUGUCGGCCCCUGGCUUCUCGCCCUCUUUGUAUUCGUUGUUUGUGGAUCAGCCAUAUUCCAGAUCAUCCAGAGUAUCCGUAUGGGGAUGUGACACAAGGGGCGGGCCGUGACCCUUGACCCCCUCCUCAUGCCCUCACUGAGCCCGGCUAGCCACCACCUGCACACUUGAGCCCUCAUCCCCCACAGAGCGACCUCUGACCCCCAUCAGCGUUUCCAGUGUUGCAGUCUGUGGUGCUGACAGCUUUUCUACGGACAGUCUAAAACCACGCCGGAUGCGAAACGACUUUCAUUCGUCGCUUGGCUCCUGUGUGCGUGUAUAUAUAUGUGUGUGUGUGUAUAUAGAGGUGUGUGUGUGUGUGUGUGUGUGUGUGUGUGAGCUGGCGGUGAAUCCUGCUGACUAUGUGCCAUAACUGUUAUUUUCUUCUGUACUGUACGAAUGAAGAAUGUGGGUUUUUGGUGGGUUUUUUUGUUGUUUUUCAAAUAAAUGUGAAGCAGUCGGAGCCGUCACUGUUUGUUCUGAAAACUGGGUCACAUGUUGGUGGAAAUGUGGUUAAAACUAAAGAUCAAUAAGAUUUAUUUCACUGCAGACUGAAGCCAGAGCAGAAAAAUAUAUCUCAAGGUUUCUGCAGGUUUCACCAACUCAAAUUUAAGUUUGUUUUUUAAAAGAAAACCCUAAAGGAAAUUUCAAACCUGUAUCACGACAGAAAUGCACUAAAGAAAAUUGCUUAUUUUAUUUACUAGAAGUCUUAAGACGUUUCUUUUUAUCAAC